AGAAUUCAUUCAACGAACGUAUUGAAUGGAAAAGAAUUUUUGAUAAUUUUAUUAUUGUUUCUUCAAAAUUCUUACACAAAAAGCCUUCUCAUCGACAAUAUAUAAAUAACAUUGUGAAAUCAUCAUCAUCAAUCAUCGUUCAUCAUCAACAUCGUCGUCAUCAACAUCAUCAUUAUUUCGUUCUGUAAAAACAUCAUAUUUCAUCUGGAUGAUGAUUGCAGCUAUAUUUUGUUUAAAUCACAUGUCGUCUAUCAAAUUUUUUCGAUUGAUUGAAGCUAAUUAUAUUAGUCCCGAAACAGUAUUGAAAAAUGUCAUUAAAGAACAACAACAACAACAACAACAACAACAACAUCAUCAACAUCACCAUCAUCGACACCAAACACAUCAAUUAAAUCAGGAUUCAUUCAACAUAAAUCAUAUUUAUCAUAAUCCAUUGAAUCUAUUGAUUGAUGGAACUACAUCAUCAUUAUCAUCAUCAUCAUCAUCGGAAACAACAACAAAAACAACAAUUGGAUCGGCAAAAACUACGUCAUCAAAUUCUGUUAUUAAUAUUCCACCCAUACGAACAAUAGUGAUUGAUUCGAUGAGAACAAAAAAUAUUAACAACAACAACAUCAAUAACAAUAAACAAGAACCGUUAAAUGUUGCUGCUGAUGAUGAUGAUGAUGAUGUUGCUGAUAAUGAACGUAUGGAUCUUUUGAAAACGGGAUCAUUAAAUAACAGCCAUAUUCUUCGUGAUGAUGAUGAUAAUAAUAAUAAUAAUGAUGAUGGUAAUUUCAAUGGAAAGGAUAAAAGUCCAGUAAAAAUGAAUUUGAAUUUCGAUGUCGAUUCAUUUGUACCUCCGGGUUAUGAUAAACUAAUGCCACCCAAACAAAAUGGACAGCCAACAGUGGUUCGUUUUCAUGUCUGGGUACUUGGUCUUGAUUCUAUUGACGAAGGAUCAAUGACAUAUGUUGCCGAUAUAUUCAUGUCACAAUCAUGGAAGGACAAUCGUUUGAUUAUACCGGAUGAUAUUGUUUACAAUGUAAAUACUAGUAAUGAUCCACGUGGCCCAUAUCGUUUAUUACCAUUAACAUUUAUUGAUAAAAUCUGGCGGCCAGAUUCUUUUUUCAAGAAUGCAAAAGAAGUGACCUUCCAGGAAAUGACCAUUCCUAAUCAUUAUAUAUGGCUUUAUUCGGAUAACACUAUUCUAUAUAUGGUCAAAUUGACAUUGUUGCUUUCAUGUGCCAUGAAAUUUCAAACCUAUCCACAUGAUACACAGAAUUGUACGAUGAAAAUUGAAUCACUAUCGUAUACAACUAAAGAUUUGAUAUUUGAUUGGGAAGAAUCGGAUUCAUUAGUGGUGGAAGAACACAUUGAAUUACCACAACAUGAUCUAAUCAAUAAAGAUAUUGAUUAUUGUACAACUGAUUAUUCAUCCGGAACUUUUGCCUGUGUUCAGGUUGUAUUCACUAUUAAACGUCGAAUCGGUUAUUAUAUAUUUCAUACAUAUAUACCGACAUGUUUGAUUGUAAUAAUGUCAUGGAUAUCGUUUUGGAUCAAACCGGAAGCUGUGCCUGCUCGUGUUACAUUGUGUGUAACAUCAUUGCUUACAUUAUCAACACAACAUGCACAAUCACAGAAAUCAUUACCACCGGUUUCAUAUAUCAAAGCUAUUGAUAUAUUCAUGUCAUCAUGUACGGUAUUUGUAUUUGCAUCACUUAUGGAAUAUGCCUUGGUCAACAUUUUAAUGGCCGAUGAAUUGCUCAAUGGUUGGAUUGGUAUUGCUCCGACUGCUUAUCAACAGCAACCAACUGCAACCAUCACCACACCGACUACCGAAACACGAAUAAUGGAUCCACAGACAAAAACCACAACAACAACUAGAAUAAAACCUGGAACACAUGAUUAUGAUGAUCAUCAUCGAAACAAAGUGCCCAAUCAUAUAUCUACUCAUCAACAUCAUUAUCAUCCUGUUCGUUGUAGUAGUAGUUUAACAGGAUUGGAUAAAUUGGAAUUAGAUACAGAUUCAAAACAAUUUUCGGAACAUGAAAAUGAUGAUAAAGCAACAAAAUCCCGUCAUGACGAUGAAUGUAAAUUAUCAAUGAAAUGUCAUAAGACUUCCACACAAAUGCCUUCAUCUAUUCUUCGUCAUCGUUGUUGUUCAAUAAUCAAUGAUGAAAAUGGCCAUAAUGGUCAUGAUGAUAAUGAUGGCAUAUUUAUUGAUAAUCAAAUUAAACAUCAACAACGACGAACAAGUGAUCGAAAACAAUCAUAUAUUUAUGCAUUUCCAACACCAUCAAUUUAUGAUGAUCAGAAUUUUUGUUAUCGUAGUUGGCGUGUACCACCAAUGAUGAUGAAUACAAUGACUACGGCAACAACAACAACAACAACAGGUGUAAAUAUGAAUUAUAAUAAUAAUGGAAAUGGAAAUAUCAACAACAAUAACAUCUAUAAUAACAAUAAUAGCCAUAAUCAAUAUCUUUUACAAUCAAAACAUAAAAGAGCCUAUACUGUUGAUUAUAUUUCACGUUUCAUAUUUCCAAUUUCAUUCAUUGUUCUCAAUAUAUUUUAUUGGACAUAUUAUCUUGAGGUUUGGGAAACGCUUAGUUGAAUGUGGAACGAAAAAAAAACGAUAUCAGUGGAUUUUAUUUUUCGGAAUGCAUGUUUUUUUUUUGAAAUUCGUUUGAUGAUCAUCAUAUAUGAUGAACACUUUCGAAUAUUAAAUGUUGUAUAAUAUAAUAUAAUAUAAACAACAAACAGCACACACACACACACACACAAUAAGCCUUGAAUCUUACACACACACACACCCACGCACACACAUUUUGCAUAAUACACACCUUGAUAAAUCAUAAUAUAAUAUAAAAAAAAUAGAUUGUGACAGAUGUUUUUUUUCCUUCAUUCUUCAUUAAGAAACUUUCCAUCAUCCAUGAUCCACUAUUUAUUUAAAUAUAUAAUCAA